GUCAUGAGUGUCAUGUCAUUAUCAUUUCAAGUGGGAGUUGCCAAGUUAUUAUUAGGAAUAGAUAUGUUGUUAUCAUUUUCGUAAAAGAUUUGUGAAAGUGUUAAGUAUUUCGCACUAGGGUACGUAAAAUAAAUUUUGCAUUUGGCUACGUAAAAUAACAGUACAAAAAUGUUCAGUUGGUUGUCAAAGGAUAACAAUAAAGAAGAAAUAUACCAAAAUGUGGUGGAAGGUCUUAAGACAAUAUAUAAACACAAACUGUUACCACUGGAAGAACAUUAUCAAUUUCACGAUUUUCACUCCCCAAAAUUAGAAGAUUCAGAUUUCGAUGCAAAGCCAAUGAUCCUACUUGUAGGACAGUAUUCUACUGGAAAGACAACUUUUAUCAAAUACCUGUUGGAAAGAGAAUUUCCAGGCAUACGAAUUGGACCCGAACCUACAACAGAUAGAUUUAUAGCUGUCAUGCACGAUAACAAGGAAGGUAUGAUUCCUGGCAAUGCUCUUGUGGUUGAUCCUAAGAGGCAGUUUAGGCCUCUGUCCAAGUUUGGCAAUGCUUUUCUUAAUCGUCUUCAAUGUUCCUUAGUUGAUUCUCCAGUAUUGCAAAAUAUUUCAAUUAUAGAUACACCUGGUAUACUGUCUGGAGAAAAGCAGAGGGUUGAUAGAGGGUACGACUUCACUGGUGUUUUGGAGUGGUUCGCAGAGAGAGUAGACAGAAUUAUAUUGCUUUUUGAUGCACAUAAACUUGAUAUUUCUGAUGAAUUUAGAAGAUCUAUUGAAGCUUUAAGGGGCCAUGAUGACAAAAUUCGUAUUGUUUUAAACAAGGCAGAUAUGGUUGAUCAUCAGCAACUUAUGAGAGUGUAUGGAGCUCUUAUGUGGUCUUUAGGAAAGGUAUUACAAACACCUGAAGUUGCCAGAGUUUACAUAGGGUCAUUUUGGGAUCAGCCAUUAAGGUAUGAUGUAAAUCGAAGACUUUUUGAAGAUGAGGAACAAGAUUUAUUUAAAGACUUGCAGUCUUUACCUAGGAAUGCAGCUCUUAGAAAACUGAAUGAUUUAAUUAAAAGGGCUAGGCUCGCAAAAGUACAUGCUUACAUAAUAGCUGAACUACGAAAAGAAAUGCCAUCCGUAUUUGGUAAAGAUUCUAGGAAGAAAGAACUCAUUAAGAAUUUGGGUCAAAUAUAUGAUAAACUACAGAGAGAACAUCAGAUUUCUCCAGGUGAUUUCCCAGAAAUAAAGAAAAUGCAGGAAGUCUUAGCCAAUCUUGAUUUCAGUAAAUUUAAUCCACUAAAACCAAAAUUAUUAGAUAUUGUGGAUAGAAUGUUAGCUGAAGACAUAUCAAUAUUAAUGGCCAAAAUUCCAUUAGAGGCUGAGGAAAAGUCUGCCAAAAAUGGUGAUAACAUGGUACAGGGUGGAGCCUUCACAAGUGUAGAAGAUACAAUUUCACCUUUUGGUUACAAGAGAGGCGAAGGAAUAGAUGCUGGGGCAGGAGAGUUGGACUGGAUUGUAAGCAGAGAGAAAGAUAAAUAUGAUGACAUCUUCAAAUCGUUAAAGCCAGUAGAUGGAAAAGUAUCUGGAAUGACUGCCAAAUCAGAGAUGGUGAAAUCCAAACUACCAAACUCAGUACUGAGUAAAGUAUGGAAACUCGCAGACGUAGACAAAGACGGCAUGUUGGACGACGAAGAAUUUGCUUUAGCAAUGCACUUGAUCAAUAUAAAAAUCGACGGUAAUGAUAUACCUUCAGUAUUGCCCACACAUUUAAUUCCACCUUCAAAGCGUUAAUAUUUAUAUUCUUUCGUUAUUUAUAGUCCACAAGUGCUAUUCAUUUCAAAGUUUUGUGCCUAUAUCAUGUAUGUACAAACAUUGAUUUUACUGCCUUUUGUCUUUUUGCAAUUUUUUUAUAAAAUAUCGAAUAUUCCACAAAACAUUGUUGUUCAUGCUGGGCUGUAUAUUAGCCAAAUCUAGAGCUAUUUGGUAAUAUGUUAUACACAUACACGACAGUGUGCUUGCAUAUUACAUAUUUUAAUCAAUAAUCGUCUCCUACUGAUAUGAGUGAUGUAAGCUGCCUGUGUAAUUCCACUUUUUUUUAUCUUAUCUUUUACGUUUACAGUAGAACCGUUUAUACAAUCUCUAAAAUCAUGUACAUUUCAUUCUAAUUUUGAUAAAACUUUCAGUUUACAUUUGAAUUUAAACCAAAAGACCAAUAAUUUCAUUUGUAUCUUUCUAUCUCUCAGUUCGGCGUAGAAUUUUGGCUAGUGAAUAUGUUAUUCGAAUGUAGAUGAAGGGAAUCAACCUCAGCAUCACCUUUAUCCCUUUUUUGGGUUCAUAACCGCUGGGUGUUUAGAACUACAAUCUUAAGGUACUAAUACACUUUAGAAGACCAAAAAUAAUCAUUUUUUUCAAGAAUUUUUUUUCUCGGUACCUUUAUUAGAAAUGAACAUAAAACUUUUUACAUAUUAAUAUCUAACUCUUAGAGAGUACAAAAAAUAUAUCUUUUUUCAUUUAUGCACGUACACUAAUAUUGUAGAGGGCGCAAAAGUCGAAGCCUCGAAAAAUGAUGGCGGACAGUUAAUCUCAGGUUUGGAAUAUCUGAAACAAAAAUAUCGUACUUCAUUUGAAAAAGGAAGGUUUUUAACAUGACAAUUUACCACAGUUUGACCAAAAAAUAAAAAAUAGAUAUUUUUUAACCAUAAAAAACUGAAGAAAAACGGGCGAUUUUUUUACAAAAUUUUUUCAAAUUUCCGUAAAAUCUUUUUUUUUGGAAUUUUUUACUAACGGUGGUAAAUUGUCACGUAAGAAACCUUCCUUUUUUAAAUGCCCUACGAUUUUUUUGUUUCAGAGAUCGCAAUCCUGAGAUUAACUGUCCGCCAUCGGAACUACUUUUUUUCGAAGCCUCGUCUUUGGCGCCCUCUACAAUAUUAGUGUACGUGCAUACAUGAAAAAAGAUAUAUCUUUUGUAUUCUCUAAAGGUAGAAUUCCGCACCAAGCGACCGAGACAGGAGACCGCGACAGGCGACAGAUAGGUCGCGAUAAACGAUAGUUGGUCGCUCUUCUCGGUCGCGGGCUGCAGAACUACCCUGAUAUAAUUGCAUUGAGAGCUGUCGUGCGGAGACCUCGCCGAUCUGUCGCCUGUCGCGGUCUCCUGUCUCGGUCGCUUGGUGCGGAAUUCUACCUUAAGAGUUAGAUAUUAAUAUGUAAAAGGUUUUAUGUUCAUUUCUAAUAAAGGUUCUGAGAAAAAAACUCUUGAAAAGAAUGCUUAUUUUUGGUCUUCUAAAGUGUUCUAGUACCUUAAGCGUUUUCUUCUAAUUUAUUUAUGUGCUCAUUGCUCAGACUUCCGCAAUUCCUAACAAAUUUAUUUUUCUUCUCCCUUUAUUGCACCAUUUAGAUAAUAUCUAUUAAACAGGGUCGCGGACAUACAGCAUACUUGUGGCAGGCCUCUAUGCAUUUCUGUUAGUUCCUUUUUAAUGCCAUUCUUGUGUUUGCAUAGAAUUUAAGGUAAAAGUUGGCACAUAAAUUUAGCAACUUAGAGAACAACAGUGUUUUGUGUGUUACACAAACAGCAGUAAAUCUGCGGUUUAUGAUCAAAUAUAUUGAGAUCCAGUGACAAAAAUUUGAAGUUUUACAUACUUAUGUGAAUUAUACGUAGCUUUAUACCGUCUAUUUUUAUUUCAUUCAAGAUUUGAGAUGUGCAAUUGAUGUUUUAAUUUGUCCAAAUUUCAAAGUGUAAGUCAACAUAUUUACACAUAGAACAAUAAUUGUUAAACAAAAGUUUUUGUGGAUGUACUGAAUGUUUUCCUAGUUUUAAUUUUAAGCCACAAAUCAACUGUUUUUGGGUUAUAGAAAAUUCAAUUUUCUAGAACAUUGUAAGAAUGAUAAAUUUUGAAUAAUCCUGUAACUUAUAUAGUUUUUAAUUCAUUUUCAUUGCUAUCAGCAAUGAUAAAAUACUGUACGAGGAUUAAUUAUAAUUUAUUACUUGAUUUGUAAACAUCCAACAGUUUCUAUAUGCUGCUUCUGCAGUAAAUAGUUUAGUAUUUAUUGGAGAACUGUAUGAAUUUCUUUUACACACGUUAGCUUUACACGAAAUAUUAGUAAAAUUGUAAUAAUUAACCCUGUAACUAAAAUGCAUUCGUAAUUUCAUUUAAUUUAGGUCCCAGCUCUUCACACAUUCUGAUCAAGAGAUCGCUUCAGUAUUUUUUCUUCCUAGUGUAAAUCAAGUACUAACGUUAUUUUUAACAAUAAAUUAGAUUGGUUAAAUUUCAACAAUUAGAAUAAGUUCACAAAGUUAAAUCUAUGCUGUAUGUGCCACUCAGAAGUAACGAGUAACGUAACAUGUUUAAAACACAAAGUUGUCUUUAUUGCCCUUAAUAAAUAAGUUUUUUUUACAAUGUAGUGAGAACUUUAUACAGUUAAUUUGGAAUUUUGCUUAAGAUUAUUCAAUCUACUAUUCUAUAAAUCACUGAAUAUGAAAUACCAUUUCUUAUUUUAAAGAGUUUUUAAGGGGUGCUAUAUAAAUUAUGAUCCCCAUGCUGGUCUUGUGAGUCAUUGUUUCAGAACACCAGUCCAAAAAGAAAUGUUAAUAUAUCUUUAACAUCAUGAACCUACAUAUGUUCCAAAUGCCUAUUGGAAAAUAGAUGUCCAUACAUUUGGAAUAACUUUUGGGUGGUUUUUCAAUGUUAAAAUACUAUUCUUCUUAAAGUCUUUAGUACGAUCCCGAGACAGUAUAAAUGUAACAAGGUUCUGAAGCUACUUUCUUGUGGCACGUUUAAUUUACAUAUUGUGUUUACGUAUAUGGGAUUAAGCUACAAUUUUUGAUUGUAAUAUAUUGAUUGAUUGUAAACAUAAUAUUUAAAGUAUAAAUGUAGUUUUAAUAAAUAUAAAACUAUACUCCCUGCUCAUAUUAUUAAACUCACUUAGUAAAUUGUGGUUUUCUUUGUUUUAUAAUUAAUUGUAAUUAGAACUGUUAGGUGUAUAUAAGAGGAUCACCUAAAUGAUAGUAUUAACUUUUUUCGGUAUAUUUAUAUACAUAAUUUUACUACAAUACUAAUAUUUUGUUAAGCCAACCUUGGCUUUAAGAAAAGUGCAACCACUCUCCCAGGUAUAUUUAUGCAUCUUGCUAUUUCUUUUAAAUGGUCAUUACGGUUUCAUUGAAAAAUGAUUCUAGCAACUGAACCUUGUUUGUUACUAUUUUCUCGGCAAAUUUCCUUUUUAGGCACUCCCAGACAUUUUUGGGCUUCAUGUCUGGUGAAUUGCCGAGGCAUGCUAAUAGAGAAAUUUUUUGUCCUAUCAAAAAACUUUUAUCGUUUUUAGCCAUAUGGCAAGGUUCUCCAUCCUGAACUUGCGACCAUUAUCGAACUGUUCGUUUAUUUGUGCAACCAAUAUUGUCUGCAAGACUCUUUUAUACUGGUCCUUCCGCGUGGUUCCUUCUACCACCUGUGAGUGUCCCAUUCUUGUGACUCAUUACAAACCAGAUCAUUAUUGUUUUUAUUACACGUCCCUUCUCAUAUUUUAUUUAAAUGGGCUCAUAUUUUAUUUCUUUAAACACCAUGCUUCUUCCAAUGUACAUAUUCCUUUUAUCUCGAUGGGUAUCUAUUUCGUGUUUACAACCAAAUUUUUUAAAAUUCGUUGCCCUUUGGGGUGACUGAAAACUUUCUUCCACACCGACCCUUCCGAACCGAUGUAACAGGAUAUUUCUCUUUAAGGUUUUGACUCACUUUUGAGUUGAUGAUUGAGAUACACCACAUUUUCUAGCUUUGACGAUAUGUAGUAGUUUCUAUUAGAGCAUUAAUAGAAGAGAUUUGCUAAACAGAAAGAUUUUUACAUUUACCAUAUGAAAAAGUCCAGUCAGAGAUUAAAUGUCCUCUUUUUAUGAUUAGAAAUUAACCAAAUUCAAAACAUAACAUUACUAUAUAGUCUUAUCAACACUCACCACUGAAAAUUUUACAGAAUUCGAACAUUAAUCACUAAUUAAAGUAAAAGACUAGUUGGGAAAAGUCGGAUUACUGCACACUUCUUAGUACAUUCUAUUGCCAUCUGUCAAGUUUUGACAAUUCAAUUAAAAAGUGUCACCCUUUGUAACUUGAUUGUGUACCAUGAUUAUUCACUAAUUAUUAUGCAACCCAUUCAGCAGCUCUGUAUCACUAUGAAGAUACUUUCAAGGCGCUUGAAAUUAAAAGAAACUGAAAUUGCUAGGAUGCGUCUAAUAAUUUGAGCAGUGACUGUAUAAUUAUGUUAUUUUUGGUAUUAGUGAAAUACUGUUCCAAUGUUUUGAGUAAAUUCUUACUCAAAAUUCCGCACUGUGCAAAAGAAAUAAGUUUAAUUAAUUUAUUUAUUGUAGUCUGUUUUCAUAUUAUGGCUUCCUUUAGCCGGUUCAGCGAAGAUUUAUUAACUUAUAGUACUUUAUAUUUUAUUGUAUAAGCCUUCACUCAAUAAGUCUCUGAGCUAACUAAUAAAAUAAUAACUUUUUACUGAAACACACUGAUUUCUACGUUUCUCUACGGAAUUUUAAUAGAACGGUAUGUCUUUGCUGCUCAGUUUUCUCAGUAAAAUCCUCAUUUCUGGAGGCUGCCAGUAACCUCUUUAUUUAUUUGUUUUCUGACAUGUUCUUUCUUCGAGCGAGCGCAUCAAUAACGAAAAUUAUGAUUCUUCGGUAAUUUUUUAAGGUAAUAGAUACAUCACGCAUCCCUAAAUACACAAGUUAAAAUCAUACAACUGUUGAGUCUUUAGUCGUUUUGAACAUCUUGAAUCUACUGUUAUCCACUCAGCUGAUUGCCGAUAUGACUACGAAGUGAAAUGUUUGAUCCAUGUUUCAUCCCUUGGCACAAAAAGGUAAAGAACAUAUGCUUAUUGUGCCAAAACAGUUGAAAAUAUCGCUCUGAAUUGAUGACACGUUGUUUUGAUAGACUGUAAGCAAGCAUAACAUCGACUUUGAAUGAUGAUAAACUUAUUAAUACAUAUUUUCCAUCGCGAAAUGUUUCUGUAAAGUCUAUAUUUAGACCAGGGUGCAUUUGUAAAAAUAUUAGUACAUUUGGAUGUUGAGAGGUGACUCAUAUUUUUUUGCAGAAAUUGCUUGAAAAUAACUCAUAUAAUAAUAUUUGAGUUAUCUUCCCACUCAAAAAGGUCCGGAACAUUGUUUAAAUCAUCAAAACGUCAAAAAAUGAAGGAAAUAUUCGAUUUUUUUCUUCGCUUUUUGAUUAUAACUUAUCAGUUACACCAACAUAAAAGUUGCGUAAUUAAAUUUUCUACAAUAUAGGAUUAGUUAAAAAUUUUAAAAAUUGUCACCCUUGUUGCAAAAUAGCAAUAAUUGCGAAAACCAUAAAAAACAAGUAUUCGCAUUUUAUGUUUUUCAAUCAUUUAUGCUACACUUAGGACCUUCGUAUUUCACCCAGAAAAACUUUAUGAUCUAGUUAAACAAUACUGUAAAUUUAAUUAUGAUCGGUUUAAUAGGUUUUGUAAAGUAAAUUUUGCAAUCCAGCUUUCGCAAAAAAAAAUUAUUUUUUCAAAAUAUUGCAGGUCUGAAAAUAAAGCAGACAUCAAGUUAGUUUUUUUAUACAUAUAGAAGAAUACCGUACCUUUUAUUUGCAGUCUGCAAAAUUAAAAUUAGUUAACUACCACGACGUCAGGAUUUUUUUAAAUAAACAUUAAUUUUUGGUUCUACGCACAGGACAGCGGAUACGUUUGCUCUGAUUGGGUAUUCCAGUGCCCUUUGAUAAUGAUUGAUAAAUUUUAAUUUUUAGUACAUUUCGAUAUUAAUAAAUAAAUUUGUUUAUUGCAAAAUAAAAACACAUAGUCUGGCCUUUGAAGUAACACAUUUUUAACAAAAACUUUCUUUGUUCAUAUAUUUUAACUUAGAGAAUAAAAGUUAUUAUUUUUAAACAUAUGCAAUUGUUUAAAUAAUAUUUCACAAACAAUAAUCAUAUUAGUUUGAUUUUUGUGGAAUUAAAAUAUUAAAAUACAACAAAAUAUAGAGUAAGAAAAUAAUAUAUUAGAUAAAGAUUGAAAGAAAUUUUUGGUGGAAAUCAACUUGUGUGAAUCGAACACCGCUGUCUUGCGAAAAAUUAAUGUUUAUUUAAAAAAAUUACUGACGCCGUGGUAGUUAACCGAUUUUAAUUUUGCAAAUUGAAAAUGAAAGGUGCAGUAUUCUUCUAUAUGUAAAAAAAUUUUCAAUUUGCUAUCUGCUUUAUUUUUAGUCCUGCAACAUUUUGAAAAAAUGAAUUUUUUUGCGAAAUCUGAUUGCAAAAUCUAUUAAACCGAUCUUAAUGAAAUUUACAGUAUUGUUUUAUUAUAUCAUAAAGUUUUUCUGGGUAAAAUAUGAAGGUCCUAAUUCUAGCAUAAAUAGUUGAAAAACGUAAAAUGCGAAUACUUACUUGUUUUUUUAUGGUUAUUUCGUAAUUAUUGCUAUUUUGCAACAAGGGUGACAAUUUUUAAAAUUUUUAACUAAUCCUAUAUUGUAGAAAAUUUAAUUACGCAACUUUUAUGUUGGUGUAACUUUUCUCGAAAAUGCAUAUUUUUAAAGUUAUAAUCAUUCUUUCAUUUUUUGACAUUUUGAUUAUUUAAACCAUGUUCCGCACAUUUUUGAGUGGGAGGAUAACUCAAUUAUUAUUAUAUCAGUUAAUUUCAAGCAAUUUCGGCAAAACAAUAUGAGUUACUUCUCAACGUCCAUCUCAAAACAGAUGCGCCCUGGACUAAUUAUCUUUUGAUAUCUUCACCGCUUCUGUUUCUUCAAUUUACAAUCGGGUAAAUCGAUUUUGUGAGCUUCCAGAAUAUUUUCCGCGAGAACUGCCGAAUUUAGAAGACCAGAGUAUUCGGGAAACCUUAACCUUAAAAGUCGAAAACAAUGUUCUAUCAACACGCGAAAGUGAAAAAAGAAAACAUAAACCACUGUAACUUGUAAACUACUGCUCCGAUUUAUUAGCUCAAAUUUUGGUAGGUAUCAUUUGAGGGAUAAGACCUUUUAAAAACAUGAAUUUGUGAUCGUGGCGUCAUCUAUAUGUUAGUCCAGAAACUUAUUGAUUGGUUUGGUACAUGUGUAGAAUGCAGUUAAAUUUAUUUGCAUGGGUGCGUUUAAAUCUCGCAACAAGUAAUGUUUUUCUCGCAUAUUGUGAUAUAUUUUGUUAAAAUUAAUAUAUAAAUGUAACCAUGUAGGACUUUUACUAAAUUACUUAAACAAUAUAUAUACAGGGUAUAGAAUUAGUCCGAAUAAAAUUGAGGGAUAUACUUCAAAUAUAGCAACAGAAAUCCACAGGCAAGUGGCCCAAGAGGUGAGAAUAAAAGAGGCUGGUGUUGAAAGACAAAUGGUCAUACACUGAAGAAAUAUAAAGGAACAUAAAAUAUAGAGUCUGAAAUAAAUAAUGCGGAAUAAAAUAAUCCAAUAAACAAUCCGAAGUACCUUAUCAGAUAAGAAGCUUUGUAUAGUGAUUGUUUAUCUUCAAUGAAACUAUAUGUCAAAAUCCUGAAGAACCCUCUACAAAACGUCCAGUACUUGGUAUAUGUGUGAUUAUUGGGGUAUUCAGUGAAACGAAUUUGGGUUUAGAGGAGUUUAUAUCACUAAAUUGACAACUCAUUACUUUAUUCUUUUCUACAUGGUUGUAUUGGUUAAUAUUUCUGUUCAGUUUAUUUAAGGAAAACUUUUAUUGCCACUACAUAAAUGUGGAGCAUACCGCAAAAUGAACUGAUAUCAAAUUCUAAACAGAUUGUACACAUUUUUUUAUAUCGCCUAUAAAUAGAUAACUUGCUUAUUAUAAAAUGCAUCAAUGCGAUCAAUAAUACCGUUAGGUUUUUUACUACAUAACUAUUUUUUCAAAUUUAUGUGUAGGUCAUAACAAAUUUUGGUCCAUGAGUGUAUCUACUCUAGUCUGUGAUGUUAUUUGAGAAAUAUACUUGUAAAGAUUCUGUAAGGUGCUAAAAUUAAUAUGACGAGAUAUUUUCAGUAGUCUUAUGAGCAAGAACAUUUCAAAUGCUUCAACUAUCUUUAUUCAAAAUAUUUCCAGAAAAGAUUUUCGAUUUACUUUCUGGUGAACGUCAAUCUUGCUAUUUCUAUUCUACUUCCCAUUUAUCUUUGUAUCCAGUUAAUCUAAUAAUAACGAAUACCACUAUUAUUUUCGUUUUAUUGGUAUUUUGAGUUUGGAAUCCAAAAUAUCUCCGUAUUUAAAAUCAUACACAAAAUUUGGUACCUACUGUUUUCUGGAUCUGUUUUUUCCUAGUAUGUACAGAUUACUAGUUUAUAGAUAUUCCAAUGGCGUUAUUUUUAAGUACUUACUUUACCAUUGGGUGCUACCGCUUUUGUAGAACUCUGGUCUCCUGCACUAUCUCCUCCAAUCCACAAAAUCCAAUACGUAAAAUACAUAUACAUCUUACAUGGCAAGACACAAGUUCUUCCCAAGUUCUGAAUGUAGGUACCAUCGCUCUCUUGGUGCUCUGUAGAAUCUUCUUAGGAUCUCCCUUUUCAAAUUGCAUAAAGUCAUUUCAUCAUCGGCUGGUCGAUGUUACCGAUAAGUGGUUGAUAAUGUAGUAUAAACACUUUCGUGUUCGACUCAACCCGACCACCGUUGGGAUCGAAGCUCAACAAAAAUCAGGGUCUACGCAGGCGCGUCCUAGCUAGACAAGCACAUACUUAUUUCUUUGCUAGGCUCGCAGAACAAAAGUAGACCUUUCAUCCAGAAAGCUGAAGCUGCAAUAAAUAAAUUCAACAAAAUAAUAAUUUAAACAUUUUCCAAAUAUUCAUCAUAGAUAUGAAGUAGAUAAUUUUGAUAUCGGUCCAAAUAUUUAAUAAAUAUAAACAAUGUGAUAAUUAAAAGUUUGUACUCUGUACAUUUGUAUUAUAAAUAUAUAACAGUAGAUAAGUAUGACUUUCUUAUUUUUUGGUAUAUUUUGUUUAACUGCCGAAUGAAUUAAAGUUUUUAAAUCAUUAGAAAGGUCAUAUAUUUUUGUAUAUUAUUGAGACGACUUGACACGACUGUUGCUAGUUAGCACUUGUAGGAGUUUGUUAACAAUAUUUCGUACCAUUUCAUUAUUUAGUAUGUACAUUAUUUAAUUAAAGAAAUACAUUAUGUUAUAUUU